AAAUACGGGUAGGAGGAGUGGGACGGCCAUCGAGUGAAUGUCGUUACAACUAGAGGGCAACGGAGCUGUUGCCGCAGCUGUGAAUUCAACAAAAAUGGUGCGACCCGCCAAAGAGCCUUGACUUAUCGUAGCACUGCCAGCAGAGGAGCUACUGCCAUCCAAGUGCAAUUAAAUUAAACGAAGCGACUACUUUCUCAAAGAACUGCCUGACGCCCUACGCAACCCUCGUGGCACGUGAUGAGUUGUACCCGUAUUGCUUUCCCUCCGAGCAGUCAAUACCUUCUACGCUACUCCGGGCUGCUUUUCCUCCUGCUCUGCGUAUACCAGUGCCCCGGUUGCUAUGGGGAGGUCUUUACCUUGGGUUAUCUUACGGGCUCCCAACGUCGACCGGGAAACCUGGACUACCAGCGGCCAGGCAUCACGAUUUCGGGUGCUAUAUCGCUCGCGGUGGAGCAGAUCAACGCCGGGAAAUUGGGUGACCUGGGCCACUCGCUCGAGUUCGUUGUAGCGGAGACCUAUGGGGACGAGGUCGCCAGCAUACGACAAACGGCGGCAUUGUGGACGCAGCAGGUGGCUGCUUAUAUUGGACCACAGGAGACUUGCGUUCACGAGGGGCGCAUGGCAGCUGCCUUUAAUCUGCCAAUGAUAUCUUAUUACUGCACACAUAGAGAUCCGUCGAACAAGCUGGAUUUUCCGACGUUUGCAAGGACCCGACCUCCGGACACGCAGAUCUCGAAAUCCGUGGUGGCUCUGCUGUUGGCCUUCAACUGGACACAGGUGAGUUUCCUGUACCUGGACGAUACCAGCAGUCAGUACCAGCCCGUGGCGGAGACCAUACUCGCUACACUCAGCGGCGCAGGUGUAGUUGUGCGGGAUAUUCGUACGUGGAGCACGAUUUACCAUCACGGCUUUAUGGCCAAUCCGUUUGAUAAGCUGGUGGAGGAAACCCAUGCGAAUACUCGUAUUUACCUAGUUCUUGGACACUACUAUGAGCACGUGGGUCUCAUGGUCAGCCUGCAGCAGAGAGGUCUACUUUCUCGUGGAGACUAUUUUGUGGUUGGCAUCGAUAUUGAGCAGUAUGACCCAGUCAAGCCAGAAAAGUAUCUGCGAGGCCUUCUGAUGGAGAAAGUGGAGCCGUUGGCGGCGCAGGCGUUUCAGUCCUAUCUCGGGAUUGUUCCCACAGCGCCUGUUUCCUUCGCCACAUUCGCCAAUGAGGUUAACAAAUACAUGGAGCGACCGCCAUUCAAUUUCCCCAACCCAUUGGGUCUCUUCGGUGGCGCGAAGCAGAUAAGCGCUGAGGCAGCCUAUCUCUAUGAUGCCGUUCAUCUCUACGCUAAUGCAUUGAUGUCCGUCUUAAAGUCCGGUGGCAGACCUAGGAACGGCAGUCUUAUUGUGUCGGCUAUCAAAGGCUCGCGCUAUCUGAGCGCCAUGGGCUAUCAUGUGUACAUAGAUGAAAAUGGAGACGCUGCUGGCAACUACACAGUAUUAGCGAGAGGAGCAUUCCGCAACAGCCGCAACCAGACGGCUCUGGGUCUCCUUCCCGUAGGCACCUUCAGCCAUAAGACUAGUAACAGAACCAGUGAGGCUUUGCCGGAGCAGGACUUGAACUUGUAUCGCAGCAUCGAUUGGGUUGGUGGUUUGCGGCCUGCGGCUGCUCCGCGUUGUGGUUUCGGUGGCGAGAAGUGCGUCAAUUAUACUGGCGAAAUAUCGGCGGGCAUCGCUGGCGGCGCUCUUCUGUUGUUGGGCGUUGUCUCGUUAGUUCUUUAUCGCAACUGGAGGUACGAACAGGAGUUGGACAGCCUCCUCUGGAAAAUUGACUUUCGCGAGGUUCAGGUUCACGACAAUGAGCGCGAACAGCAAACCCAAAAGGCUACACGAUCAACCCAUCCCCUUAUCCGCACCAGCCAGGUGAGCCUGAGCUCCAACCCCGACGCCGACUUUCGCUAUACGACUAUCUUCACGCCCAUCGGACUGUACAAGGGCCAGCUCUAUUCAAUCAAGAAGGUUCGCAAGAAGAGUGUGGACAUCACUCGGGAAAUGAAGAAGGAAUUGAAGCUUCUGAGGGACGCACGUCAUGACAAUAUUUGCGCUUUUAUCGGUGCCUGCACGGAACCCCCCAACAUCUGCAUCAUCAGCGAAUAUUGCACUCGUGGCAGUCUUAAGGAUAUACUGGAGAACGAGGACGUCAAAUUGGACAACAUGUUCAUUGCCUCCAUGGUGGCGGACAUUAUACGCGGCGUCAUCUACUUGCACGAGUCGCCCAUUCGCUUCCACGGGUCGCUGUGCACGUCCAACUGCCUCGUAGACUCGCGAUGGGUGGUCAAGUUGACGGACUUUGGCUUGUUUGCUUUCAAGCAGGGCAUCGAAGACAGCUCCACGGACAUGCAACAUAUGUCGGCUAAGUGCCUCAAGCUGCUCUAUCGAGCGCCAGAACUUUUAAGGCAGGGGCCCUCAUCGAUGGUUAUGGGCACACAGCGCGGAGAUGCGUAUUCGUUUGCUAUAUUGCUGUACGAGAUGCAUGUGCGGCGAGGCCCGUUCGGGGAGACGGGUUUGACGCCUAUGCAGUGCUUGCAGAAAGUCAUGCAGCCACAGGAUCAACUCCAUCCCUACCGCCCAUCGCUGCAGCCCCUCGAAACCGCCUUCGAUUGCGUCAGCGAGUGCUUACGGGAGUGCUGGGCCGAGCGGCCCGAGGAUCGACCGGAGUUUAAGGCCAUACGCACCAAACUAAGGCCCCUACGCAAGGGAAUGAGACCGAACAUCUUUGACAAUAUGAUGGCUAUGAUGGAAAAGUACGCCAACAAUUUGGAGGCGCUCGUGGACGAUCGCACGGAUCAGCUGCAAGAAGAAAAGAAAAAGACUGAUGCCCUGUUACAUGAGAUGUUGCCACGCUGCGUGGCCGACCAGCUGAAGAAGGGCCACAAAGUGGACCCCGAGCACUAUGAACAAGUAACCAUCUAUUUCAGCGAUAUUGUCGGGUUCACGGCCAUGUCGGCGGAGAGCUCGCCCCUUCAGGUGGUGGACUUCCUCAAUGAUCUGUACACCUGCUUCGACUCCAUCAUUGGAUAUUACGAUGUGUACAAAGUGGAAACCAUCGGCGAUGCCUAUAUGGUCGUAUCUGGGCUGCCUUUGCGCAACGGUGAUCUGCAUGCCGCAGAGAUCGCCACAAUGUCUUUGCACCUGCUCAGCGCCGUGUCUGAAUUCAAGAUUCGUCAUCGGCCCACCAAUCGGCUACUACUUCGCAUCGGCAUACACUCAGGUCCCGUAUGCGCAGGUGUUGUGGGCCUUAAGAUGCCCCGAUAUUGCCUGUUUGGGGACACGGUCAACACGGCGUCGCGCAUGGAGUCAAGCGGAGUGCCGCUGAAAAUCCACUGCAGCUGGCAGUGCCGGCAGCUGCUGGACCGAUUGGGUGGCUAUCAUUACCAAGAGCGCGGCAUAAUCUCAAUGAAAGGUAAGGGCGAGCAGCGCACCUACUGGCUGAUGGGUGAGGACGAAGAGGCGCGCGUGCGUCGCACCUAUGAGCGAUCCCAGCGGCGUGGCUCGCGAGCGCUGAACAAGUUCAUCCAAGGCACCAUCAAACAAGCCCAGGAGCAGGCCAAUGAAUGCGGCAUACGGUCCUCUUUGAAGCAGAAAAGCCUUCCACGGAACUCGCUUACUCGAUCCUCUAGUCUCGAGUCUCCAAAGAAGCUGCGCUUCGCAGCUGGCAAUAUGCUGGAGCAUCAUCGUUAUCAUAGUGACGAAGCCCUAUUGGAGGUGGACUCCUACACUGGCUUGCGGCGCUCAUCCGGCGGCUCCACACACUCACGCCAGGAGGAGUCGACGCUAUCCUGCCAAAGUAUCGAACACCUCGAAACGCAGGAGCAGGAGCAGCAGCAGCAGCAGCAAAAGAAAAGGCCUUUCUCCUAUCCGACGGUCAAUACGCCUCUGCUCUUAAAUCAUGUCGAGGUUUAGAUUAGAAUGAAGCUCAUUUAGCAAAAUUUAAGAUUAUGAGAAGCAUUAUAGUGGUGUUCAGCUCUUGUCAGUUGCUUUAAGUGUUGUUAGAGGGUGCAUAAGGCCCCUACAUACGUAUGUAAUUGAAUAUAUAUAUUCUCUAUUACGAGCCAAUCCCAUAUCUCAAGCCGAACUAGCUCGGCGUAGUUCUUUGCUAUAUAUGUGUGUGUAAUAGUAUCAGCAUAUUGUGAGAGUGAUUACAAAUCUAGUCGUUGUAUACAACAUGAAUACAAUAGUUUAGACAGUAGCUUAGAUUUAGAUUGAAAAGAAUAAUUAGUAGUAGUAGUAGUAGUAAU